GCGCGACUUGUUCUUGACUCCCAUGUUGAAGGUGCCUGCCAUAUCCAUCACAAACCCGACACCUCCUCGACCACCGGCGGGCAUAAUGCUGACGGCUUCAGCGUCGAAGAACCCAGGUCCCAAACCCGCAUACCGUCUGCUAUACCGUGGUUCCCUUUCCCUGCCGGAUUCCCAUCUCUUGCUAGACGGUCUCACCUUCGCGGCAUCCUGGAGACACCCGAGUGCUGGACAUGACUUGCUAGAGAACCCUCUUGCUCUGGCGCUAGAGAGUAUGCGCGGCAGGCCUCAUCUGAGGUUCAUGGGUACGAUCGCUUUGAAGGACAUCUAUAUGGACCAAAGUGGGGACAUACAGCUUGACAUACACCGCGAUGCCGCAUUGUCGCGCCUCUACUUUGAGAACAUGUUCUGCCAGCUCCCAUUAUCAUCGUCCUCCACUUCCAUCCCUCAGUCCGAUAUUGGGGUGAAGAUUGCGCUCGGAGACAGUGACGGUCCCGAAACCACAUACAUGGUCGUCUACGCCAGACAACUCCCCGGCCAGGCCGAAAUUCAGCUCUCUGUAGCUCGUAUUACCGCCAAUCCUCCUCCCACAAACCACCUUCGCCUUCCUCGGCCUGACGACCCUACCCCGCGCAAGCCACCUCCAGUGUUAACGGCCAAGGGCACGGAUCUCAAGCGGGUGGCAAGCUCCGCAUCUCUUCAAUCAAACGGUGCCAAGCCUGGACCAGCAAAACGACAACGCCUUGAAUCCACGUCAUCCUUCAAAGUACCCGCGCUACCAAACAAGAGCGGCAAGGACAAAGGUCCCACCAAAGCGCCGCCUCCAGAGGUGGCGCAUGACCCAGACGACGUGUUUACUGAGGCACCGAAGCCAAAACUCAAGGCGAAGCCGAAGGACGAUGAUUUGGCAGAGAAAAAUAAGAUGAUCGUCAAGAAGGUCGCGGUCCAAGUGUUGACGAAGGGGAUCGGCUAUGGAGACCCGGAAUCGAGCCCGACGCCACCAAUACCAAAGUCGCACCCAGAAUUCAACGACUUGUACAGCUGGGUAUACAAGGGAGCUGCUUAUGCAUUGCGUGGAGAGAUGAAGGACGGGCCACUGCAGCAAGCGAGGGUCGAGAAAUUCGUGAAGAUGCAUGUAGGUAUGUAUGCACCAGGACUGGGUCGCGGAUGACAGCGGCCCUUAGCCUUCGUCUGCGACAUUGAGCUGUCGGCUUCCACUCGGCCUAGACCAUACUUACCUUAGCAUAUUUGGGUUAUCGACUUGCAUGAACACGGGACCAUUAGAUUCGCGAACACUCCCUUGAUUGGCCUUCGUCCUCUUUAG